AUGACUAUCACCACUCGAGGCCGCCUGGCGAUUGCAGAAAUCGUAUACUAUGCCCCCGCACUCGUCCUCGCCGUUAUUGUUAUGCUGCGUCACGGAUUCCGUCGACAACUCGGAUGGAUCUAUCUUGCUAUUCUCGCGCUGGUCCGAAUCAUAGGCAGCAGCAUGCAAAUUGCGAGCGAGCAGGAUCCCUCAAACACGGGCCUCAUUACGACCGCUGCAAUUCUUAGUAGUGUCGGAUUAUCGCCUUUACUUUUGGCCAUGGCGGGAUUGUUGAAGCGAGUCGACGACUCUCUCCCCUCCUCGCACCGUCUUCCCGGGCGUACCUUCACACUUCUCCACAUUCCUACCCUUGUCGCUCUUAUACUCGCCAUCACCGGCGGCUCCGAAGAAAGCUCCUCCCCCACCAGCAACAACGGCGGCCGCAAAUUCAUGAAAAUCGCAAUCAUCAUCUUCCUUGUCGUCUACGUUAUCCAAUCAGCGCUCACCUUCCUCACGCUCUUCAAGCUCCGCCAUGUUCCUCAGGGUGAACGGAAACUCGUAUAUGCCGUCACAGGGAGCAUUCCUUUUCUCGCUGUGCGACUGCUCUAUUCUCUCAUUGGCGCAUUCGAGUCGCCGACGAAAUUGACGUUCAAUACUGUGGUGGGAAAUGUCUUUGUGCAGGCCUUCAUGGCCGUGCUUGAAGAGUUUGUCAUUGUGGCCAUGUACCUUGCUGCAGGGCUGCUGGUGGCCAAGCUUAGCAAUCCUCGUGACGGUGCGGGGGCUGGUCCUGAGACGUCGGAAGCAUCAUCCACAUCUUCGGCCGCCGGGGACGAGGAGAGGGAUGUGCGUGACAAUGUGAAAAUGGGACAGCAAGGGGCGUAUGUCACCGUGAAUGGUAACGAGGAGCGGUAUGUGGCCCAGCCUACGCAGACGCCGGCGCAUCAGCAGCAAGGAACGACGUACCAGCCGGGUUAUCAACAGCAGCGGCCCUAUUAA